AUGACGGAACUCGCACUUUCUUUCGACCGAAGCGGUCGUCGCACAGGUGCGACUACGAUUACGAGCAGUAGCAGUAGCAGUAGCAGUAACGGCAGUGAACUGGAGCGCCUGCAGGAGGAGUUGGGCCUCGAGCUCCGGCCGCAGCGCCUGCAUCGCCAGUACACGCUGAACGUGCUGCCAGUGCGUGCAAGUCGACGCUCUGUGGCUCGCAGUGGCGUGUUGGACGUGGCCCCCGACGCGCUCGAGGACGUACUGCGUCGAUGGGAGACGAAUCGCGUCAAGUGGCGUCAGGUGGCGGGAGUGCAGGACGAGACGAGGGCAGGAGAGCUCGAGGACGAUAAUGGACGAAGCCGGGACGAGGCGGUCCCGAUGCUCGAGGAGGGAGGGGCACUGUUUGAGAACGUUCGACGACCAGAGACGUUUGACGUGACGGUGGGCGAGGGACCGCUUGGGUUGGAGGUCGGGAUUGAUCCGCUGACGAACACAGUUGUGGUCAAGAGGGUGCAACUAGAGACGUGGACGAAAGCCGUCGUGUCGCGGAGGACUUUGGGGACGCGCGUGAAGAAAGGAGUGGUGGUCGAAGCCGUGAAUGGCCAGGGCUCCAUGUCGGUCGCAGACGUGCUGGAGAAGCUGCAGUUCAGCAGACGACCUAUGACCGUGACGUUCCAACGAGCGACGAGGGUCGUGUGUAAACUCUGCGAGACAAAAGUCGACGCAGCCAACUUGGAUCGACACAUCCACUACUGCGUCUUGUCCAAGCGCGUCGAGCUCGAAGCGGAUGUGAUCAACGACUCGCUGGUGAAGCUAGCAGCGUCGAUCGAUGCCGUGCUAGCGACCGAUCCACUAAUCAAGCUGGACGAGUUGCAUGCGUACCAUGCACUGCGCAUGGCAGCUGUUCAGACUUCGUCGUGUGACGUGACGAGCGUGGAUGCGUUUGCACUCUGUGCUCGACUCGUGAAACUCAUCGAUCGAAUACGACAACAGGAAGCGCCAUUGGAUCUGGACGUGAACGGAGUGGCGUACUGUAUCAAGCUGCGCAACUUGAUCCACGCGAAGAUGAGCAAAAUGCGGGCAUCGCACAAGGUCAUGUUACAGCAGGCUCCGCUUGCGAUUAUGCGGUCGCCGUUGAAGCGAACCAAGUCACUCGAGAGCAUCAAGAACAGAAGUUCACUUCGAUCUCGAAGACGCUCGAGCUUGAGACCGACUUCAUAUCGAGUCUCGAUUCGUGAUUUCCAAAUCGUCAAGCCAAUCUCAAAGGGCGCGUUUGGCAAAGUAUACCUUGCUCGGAAGAAGACGACUGGUGACCAGUACGCGAUAAAGGUGCUUGCGAAAGAACACUUGCUUCGCAAAAAACAGAUCCAGCAGAUUGAGACAGAGCGGAAUAUCUUGGCUAGUGUGGUGAGCCCUUUCGUCGUGAAGUUGUUCUGGACGUUUCAAACCAAGCGCAAUCUGUUUUUGGUGAUGGAGUACCUUCCUGGUGGUGAUUUCAUGUCGUUAUUAGAGUGCAUCGUGCAGCUGGAAGAACAGGUGGCAUGUGUGUAUAUCGCAGAGAUUGCGAUCGCGCUCAACCACUUGCACACGAAAGGCUGUGUUCACAGAGAUCUCAAGCCCGACAACAUCUUGCUUUCGUCUACCGGCCAUGUCAAGUUGACCGACUUUGGCUUGUCCGAGGACGCUGUCACGCUUAGCGAUGCUGACUCGGAACCAGACGAUGUAUGUCUGGCCGAAGGCAGCGAGAUGCGGGAUGGCAGUUCACUGGAUGCGUUGCCGUCUUCGCUGGAAGACGGUCGCCCGCCUCGCAUGUUCGCGCCUAAGCGAAACGUGAAAAAGAAGUCUGCGUAUCAUACGUAUGGACGAUGCGGCACUCCAGAUUACCUGGCACCGGAGAUCAUUCUCGGUGCCCCACAUGGUCCACCUGUGGACUACUGGGCACUAGGCAUCAUUCUCUACGAGAUGAUGGUAGGGUUCCCUCCGUUCAACGAUGACACUGUGGAUGCCAUUUUUGGAAACAUCUUGGAACGGCAAAUUCUAUGGCCUGAUGGUGAAAAGUGUUUGUCGUUCGAAGCAGUGGAUUUGAUCGAUAAGUUGCUUGAUUCGAACCCCGAAACGCGCAUGGGCUGGGAGGGAAUCAAGGAGCACCCGUUUUUUGAGGGUAUCAAUUGGGACACAAUUUUGGAAUCCGUGCCUCCGUUUGUGCCGACACUAGAAGGGCCGACCGAUACCAGCUAUUUCAAUAACCGCAACCUCACGGACAUAUUCAUUGACGACAGUGACUUUGACGUUGGUCCUCGCUCAGCAUGCAGUAGUCAGAACAACAAUGACUCUGGGUCUGAGUGUGACGGUCAAUCGCUGGGUGCAUCCGAUACGAAAGCAGACGAGGGCUUUGCUCAGGACAACAAUGCUAGCAAUGCUUCUGCUGCGACUGCAGAUGUUGAUAUCUCCUGGGGGACGGCAGCAGGGACACUAGACACAAUGGGUGCUACGAAUAAGGAACACAUUGGCUAUGGCUUACAGACGGGAGACCGCAACAAUCAUUGUCGAUUUCCCAGUGGAAUGUACGGAAGCUCGGAUGACUCGAGUCUCUGUGACGCCUUCAGGUCUUUCAGUUUCACCAAUAUGAACGCGCUUGCUGCUGCAUCUCAAGCCGAAGCUGUAAUGAUGGCGGACAGUGCACAGCAAAGCGCAGGGGCAGAGUUUGGUCCAUCGAUCUUCAUCUAG